AUGCGGAUCAGAGAAGGAGAUGGUUCGGACUGUCCUUUAGGAAGAUUUCACAGAGGGGAGUCGACACGACAGGAUAGUUCGGGAUGUGGCGACGUCUUACAUGAUUAUUUCCUCGUGGCAAAAGUAGAUUUAAUCGAAGUCCUGAUGGAAGGUAUAUUUGAUGAUAAUCUUUUGAUGGAAGAGAGAAAGAGAGACAGAGAAAUCUGCAGAAGGUUUCAGCUAGGUUUCCUUCAGGGACCACGAGUUGCAAAGUGGAUAAACCAUAGAACAUUAACUGUUAGUCGUAGAUUCACGCCUACCAACGGCUGGCCACGUGGAGAUUUUACAGAUAAAGCGGAGUCGAGUAAGGAGGGACGAAUUCAAGUUGUUUUUUUAAUGGUGGGGACUCCCAGUUGUGAUGUAGUUGCCGAAGAGUUUAGAGUCAGGAUGCAUCCAGACUUUCCUCCAAAUCAUCCCUAUGCACACACAUAUAGAGAUUUUAAGCAGUAAAGCAUUUAAAACUCAGGGUUCUGAGGCGAUUCAGAACAGUGUAAUGCUGUAAAUUCAGAUUUACGAUGUGUACUGUACCUCUGGAAAGGUGUUGCAACAUCUUUGACGUUAAGCUUACAAGUUUACAAUGAUAUCCUCAUGCUUAAAGAA